CCUGUAGGCUCAACGAUGAGAAUAAAAAGGAACGGAACGAGGCAUGUAAUAAAUAGCUUGUUUUCGAGGAGGGAGGGAUGGUCGAAGGAUGAAAAAUUAAAUGAAAUACAUGCAUUUGUCGCAUGUCCCUAAUUCAGUGGCUUGUAAAGUCCUGUUACGGUUCUUUGUUUCGAAUGAAGCACGUAAAAGUGAACAACGGGUCCCAUGCCCACUGCUUCAAAGCCCAAAAAUAAAAAAAAAAAUAAAAAAUCAGCGUUAGUUACUGUCGCCAACCUCGACAAGAUGAAAAAGAGUGAUCUUGUUAGGAGGAUGGAGCAUGAACAUCCAUUACUGGUGUUGACAACCGGCUCUCUUAACGUUAACCUCGGCUGUGCACUUGAAGGAAACGAUGCCGAGAUAUCAGCUGCAAUUGAGGGCGUUCGUGACGUUGUGCGUCUUGCUGUCCAGAUAAAAGAGAAAAGGGCAAGGGCUGCUUGGCCAAUAUAUAGAAGAAGUUACCUCGCGCUCUUUGAUCGAGAAACCUUAGACUGUAUCAUCUGCCCUCGCAUUUCACAUGUUGAGCAUGUUCCUCCAGACCCUCCCACUCUGAUUUUUAUCAGCACGGCCGAUUCCGAAUCACUCCCGGCCUCACCUUUGGCUCAGUCUGUAGCCACUAAGCUUCUCGGAGAUGAAAAGAGAUUUUAAGCCGAGGUUCAUAGAAACGAAGGUGACAUACCAAGGCUUGAGAGUACACCGCAGCGGCACUUCCAUUUUUAUUCAUAAGGUCAGAAUAUUGUGUGACGGUCAUGGUGGGAUCUUAAUAAGAGGCUCCCCUCCUGACCUGGCAACAAUAAGAAAAACGGCUUUUGAUCCUCCAACCUACAGCUGCAAAACAUC